UAAAAUUUACCAUAAAAUAAAUAAGUAUUAAUUUUAAAUUCGCUUAAUGACCGAGCAUUCAAAGAAAUUUCAACAUAGAAAUUAUUGUUACAUAAAUGAUUUUAUUAUUACUAUUCAACUAAUAAAUAUUAGUUAACUUAAUAGUAUGUUUUUAAGCUUUAAAUAUUAUGGAUAUUUAUUAGCAUCGACUCUUUAUUUUAUAUUAUUGUUUAUCGAUGCCGAAUCUUCAGACAUAGUAAUUACUAUUUUAAGCCAAAAUAAUGACUACAGUUUGAGUAAAGCCAAUAAAUUGAAAAAAUCUAUUUUAAAUCAAUCAAAACUUUAUGGGAAUUCUAGACUCAGGAAAGUACAAUUACUUCAUGAACAAUAUCCUGAAAUAGGGAGUUGGACCAUAAUACCUAUUGUUGAACUAUUAUUGAAAGAAAAUAGAAAUGUUUCUUGGUUUUUGUUUUGCGAAGAAAAUUCAUUUGUGAAUUAUGAAAAUUUGUUAAAACUUCUACAAAAUUAUAAAUACAAUGAAUAUAUUUGGAUGGGUUAUGGAUUGAAGGACAAAAAUCCUACUAUUAUACACCAUUAUGAGUUUGAGAAUGAUAUUAACAGGAGAUUGGCAUAUCCAUUGUUUGCUUCUGGAUUUAUCAUGUCCGUUGAACUUCUUUUAAGUAUUUUAGAUAAAAAAUUAAAUACAGUUGGAUCACAUUUUGCCAUUGACGCAUCUUAUGAACUUGCUCAGCAGAUUGAUCAAAAACUAGAACAUCUACCAUUAAAAUUUUGCUUAAAACCAUCAUCUGAUUGUGUAGUUCAUCCACAAACAGAAAGACAUAAAUGUGAUCAUAAAGUCACUAAAGAUUCUAUAUAUUUUGCUGUAAAAACUUGUAAAAAAUAUCAUGAUGACAGAAUUCCAGUUCUUAAAUCUACAUGGGGUAGAGAUGCUGUUCAUAUUGAGUUUUUUAGUGAUACAACUGAACUAUCAAUACCAACUACAGUUUUGCCAAAUAUUCCAAAUACUGAGCAGGGACAUUGUUUAAAAACCAUAUCUAUUAUUAAGCAUUUAUCAAAGAAAUUAUCUUUAGAUCAUCGAGUGAAAUGGCUUGUUUUGACUGAUGAUGAUACUCUUAUUAGUGUUCCAAGACUCACUUCAAUAUUAAACUGCUGGAAUGGCCAAGAAAUAGCUCUAGGUCAAAGAUAUGGUUACAAUGUUCGAAGAAAUCUUCCAUUAGGGUACAAUUAUAUUACAGGAGGUGGUGGUAUUGUUCUUAACAUAGAUGUAGUUCAUAAAUUAAAAGAUUGCAAAUGUUAUGCACCUGAUGCACCAGAUGACAUGGUAUUGGGAAUAUGUUUGCAGUCGUUAAAUAUUUCAAUUGUACAUUCCCCAGUAUUUCAUCAAGCUAGACCACAAGAUUAUGCUGAUGAGUACUUAGAAGCUUAUCCAAUUAUAUCUUUCCAUAAACAUUUACAAAUUGAUCCCAUACAAAUUUAUCGUUAUUGGCUUUAUCAAGAUUCCUCAUUCGGUCAUGAUGAAUUAUGAAGUAGAAAGAUUUAAUACAAUGAUAUUAAAAAAUUUUAUAUGUUGGAAGAAAACAUCUGAUAAGUUUUAAGUGGCAACUGCUAAUUACUUUUCAUCCACUUGACAUAUUUUUACAGAAAUAAUAUCUUAAAUUAUGUAAAAUUGUAUAUAUAAAAUUUUUUAUUUUAUUAUUCUACUAAUCUUUGUCUAGCUGUGACCUUACAAGUAGAUCACAGAUUUAGGUAGGAGUACCCAGGCAUAAUAACUUUUUUACACAAGAAGUAUUACUUUACAUUUGUAUAAUAAAAAUAUAGUCCACAUUUAAUUAUUAACAUGAUCAAAAUUUACAAAGGGUCAAUAAUAAAAUUUAAUAAUUAUAUGGUUGACAUUUAGUUCUGAUAUUAUCGUAGUAAUAUAAUAAUAAUUCAAUUUUAAUCUUUGGUAUCAGCAAUAUUAAUAAAAUUCUCUUAUUAAGUUACAGUCUAUAAUGUGUUAUUAUAACAUAGAAUUUCAUAUUUAUUUCAAACUUCAAUGAACUAAUUGUACUUUAAAUGUUAUGACAAAAUAUACUAUAUAUUAGUACCUGAAAAAGUACAGAUGAUUAGAUAAACAUAUCCUAUAACAUAAUAUCUUAAAUAACCUAUUAUUGUAAAAAGGGCUAAGCCCGUUAAAUUUAUAAAUAAAAUAUAAAUUCAAAAAUAUACUUAGUAAUAACUAGCUAAUAAUUAUUUAGUACAAAAUUUAUGCAAAAAAAAAUUUACAAUUCUUAAAAUACAAUUUGGAAAUACUGUAUUUUAAAUAAACAAAACUUGCAAGUUUGAAAUUGACAUUAUUAAAUAGAAAAAACUCAGCACAGGGGGGUCGCAGCACAGUGGUGAAAUGACAUAGAUGGAUCAAGUAUAAUGAUAUCUGACAGUGAUUAAAUUCACUAUCAAAAAAAAACGCUUCAAUGCAAAUCUUUAGAUAGUGUUUAAUUUUAAAAAAUUGAUGUAUUAUUUCAAAAGCUCCAUGAUCUGCUAGUUCAAUAUAAAUAUCCUAAUUAAGAUAAAGUAUGUAGAAUGAAAAAGGGAUUAUUAAAAAAUAUUAUUUCUCAUAAAAAAAUAAUGUUGAUCCAUACACUUUUCAAUAUGUCAUAGCAUAAAGUUAAAAAUGUAAAAAAUAAAAUCCAGAAUUUUCACACAAUAAUAGCAUUUGGUAGCCAUUUUCACCGUGAAGAUAAAAUAAAGUCCGAAAUUUUUUUUUUUCAUAACAAAGUACAUUACAUUAGCUUUAAUUUAAGAUAUAAUAAAAGUGUCAGACCUUCCGGAACAUUGUCAAAAAUCAAGUUGAAAAAAUUAUUUUUUUGUGAAAAAGUUGUCAUUUUAAAUCCCCCCCUGUGGGCAAGUAAAGGGUCACAUAUAAAAAAAAAAUAUACUAAAUGAAAGGUAAUGAUAUCAUGCAUCUAAGAAAUAAAAAUUAUAUUGAUUUGUUCAUUUUUGAAAAAGUUAUGGUAGUUUUAAGUAAAAAAAAUUGAAAAAAUUUAGAAAAUAAGCGAUUUUUAUAUUUGUAAUUUUUUUGAAGAUUUCCCCUAUUUACGGGGAACGAGGGAAUUUUUUUCAAUUUUUAAGGGUAAUGUCUUCGACUAGAUACGAUUUGUGAUCUUUUGAAGAAUCAUUGAAAGAAAUCGGUUCGGUGAGAGCUGAGAAAAAGUGGUAACAGACACAAAAAAAAAACAAAAACACAUCUUAAUAAAACCAAUACCUUCU